AUGCUCGCAUAUGGAUGCUCGGUAGACUCCACCGACGAGUAUUGUAGAUUGGGUGAAUCUACAGCCCUUGAAUGUUUGCGAAAGUUUUGUUCUGUUAUUGAAGCCAUGUAUGGUCAGUGGUACCUUCGUUCCCCCAACCCGGCCGAUCUUUACAGGCUCUUGCACAAGGCUAGUCGCAGAGGAUUCCCAGGCAUGUUAGGCAGUCUUGACUGCAUGCAUUGGGAAUGGAAGAACUGCCCCAUUGCUUGGGCAGGCCAGUUUACCGGCUACAAGCGUAAGCCAACUGUCGUUCUAGAAGCAGUGGCCUCGUACGACACUUGGAUAUGGCAUGCCUUUUUUGGCGUUGCUGGAUCGAACAAUGAUAUCAACGUUCUAGCUCGUUCCCCGUUGUUCAAUGAUGUAGAGAAUGGAGUGUCUCCCCAUAUCCAAUAUGUUGUCAAUGGAAAUUAA